AAACGGUGAAACCUGGACGCUUAGUAGGCCUUGGAAUAAGAUUCGCAUUCAUUUUCAUUAUCAUUGUCGUUCGGGUUCACAGUAUCCCAGUUGAAUCGGUGAUUUCGUCGUUAACACAUCUAACAAAAUUCCAGUCCUCGUUUUUUGUAGUAGAGACAUGAAAAAAUAAUAAAAUUUUGGUGUUUUUUUUUUGUGAAUUUUAUUUCUAAAAAAAAAAAGCCGGCACACAUAUACUUGACUACACAAGAAGUUCUUCACCUUGUCAUCGCAGCACACCGAUAUUGCCGUCAAAUUUGAAAGAAAAAAACCAAAACACAUCCAAUAUGAAUAAAGCGGAUUCAAACUCCCGUCAGGGAUCGUACAAAUCCAACACCAUCAACACUCAGGACUCGCGCAUGCGUCGCCAUGAGGUGACCAUAGAACUGCGCAAGUCGAAGAAGGAGGAUCAGAUGUUCAAGCGGCGAAACAUCAACGACGAGGAUCUCACCUCGCCCCUCAAGGAGCUGAAUGGGCAGUCCCCGGUACAGCUAUCGGUGGACGAGAUCGUGGCGGCGAUGAACAGCGAGGACCAGGAACGCCAGUUCCUGGGCAUGCAGUCCGCCCGCAAGAUGCUCAGCCGCGAGCGCAACCCGCCCAUUGAUCUGAUGAUUGGACAUGGCAUCGUUCCCAUUUGCAUUCGCUUUCUACAGAACACCACCAACACCAUGUUGCAGUUCGAGGCCGCCUGGGCUCUCACCAACAUUGCCUCCGGCACCUCCGACCAGACCCGCUGUGUCAUAGAGCACAACGCCGUACCGCACUUCGUAGCUCUGCUCCAGUCGAAGUCGAUCAAUCUGGCCGAGCAGGCGGUCUGGGCUCUGGGAAAUAUUGCCGGCGACGGCGCCAGUGCCCGCGACAUUGUUAUCCAUCACAACGUGAUCGAUGGCAUUCUGCCACUGAUCAACAACGAGACUCCACUCUCUUUUCUGCGCAACAUCGUCUGGUUGAUGUCGAAUCUGUGCCGCAACAAGAACCCGUCGCCGCCGUUUGAGCAGGUGCGGCGUCUGUUGCCAGUCCUAUCGCAACUGUUGCUCAGCCAGGACAUCCAGGUGCUGGCCGACGCCUGCUGGGCCCUGUCCUAUGUCACCGACGAUGACAACAACAAGAUCCAGGCAGUGGUCGACUCUGAUGCCGUGCCACGCCUGGUGAAGCUACUUCAAAUGGAUGAACCAAGCAUCAUAGUCCCAGCUCUUCGUAGUGUGGGCAACAUUGUGACUGGAACAGAUCAACAGACUGAUGUGGUUAUUGCCGCCGGAGGAUUACCCAGACUGGGUCUUCUCUUGCAACACAACAAGAGCAACAUUGUCAAGGAGGCAGCCUGGACAGUCAGCAACAUCACGGCUGGCAAUCAAAAGCAGAUUCAGGCCGUCAUCCAGGCUGGCAUCUUCCAGCAGCUGCGCCAUGUGCUGGAGAAGGGCGACUUCAAGGCCCAAAAGGAAGCGGCUUGGGCUGUGACCAACACCACCACAUCUGGCACUCCCGAGCAGAUUGUGGAUUUGAUUGAAAAGUUUAAAAUCCUUAAGCCAUUCAUUGAUUUACUGGACGCCAAGGAUCCGCGCACCAUCAAGGUGGUCCAGACCGGUCUCUCCAAUCUUUUCGCUCUGGCCGAGAAGCUGGGCGGAACCGAGAACCUGUGCCUAAUGGUCGAAGAGAUGGGCGGCCUGGACAAGCUGGAGGCGUUGCAACAGCAUGAGAACGAAGAGGUCUACAAGAAGGCCUAUGCCAUAAUAGACACCUACUUCAGUAACGGCGACGACGCGGUUGAGCAGGAGCUGGCCCCCCAGGAGGUUAACGGGGCCCUCGAAUUCAGCACCACCCAGCCCAAGGCCCCCGAGGGUGGCUAUACCUUCUAGGCUGCUUACACCUUCGGACCCCACUCACCUCGCUCUAUUGCCUGGUACACACUUACACACAUCCUUGCACUCAUACCAUACCCUUCCACUCGCAUGUUCAAAUCCCUGACCAUAACUGCGACCGCGCUACCACAAGUUUAAUAUUUAGUCACUAACUAUGCCAUUGUCAUCGAAAACGGGGCCAGCAUAGACACUAAAAACCCGCACACUUUCGUACACUUGGAGGCAUGCAUGGCUAGACACAGGCUGAUGCAUUUGCUUAGAUAAUAUUUACCACUUCACCUUAGAUCACUGACUGCGUCGGGUCAGAAAAGAUAUUCCUAAACUCGAAACUCGUUAAUCCCACCCCACCGUUGCACGAAUCGUUCAGUUUACACUAAACCGGCCAACCGCUACUGUGGCUACAUUUCACGUGUGAUAAAUUUCGGGCUAUGCCACGCAGCACGGAUAUAUGGAGUACUUUAUUUACCUCGUUUCAACUGCAACCAACCCCGGCAGCUGUGCUGUGCGGGGAAUGGUUGCCUACUCCAUGAUCCGUAUGUGCUGGCAUCCAGCCCCCUUGUAUGUGUGUGCUAGGCUUUUUUUCAUUGAAAUCUUUUAGAGCACAAUUUGGUUAUAUUUUAGGCUGUUAGCAAUUAUUUAUGUAUACUACACAGGUACUGAUUUUAAUCCUCCACCUCACGCAAGCAUUACAACAACCACCAACACAAACCCAUCAAAUCAGUUGGGUCCUCAUCCUCGUAUCGUAAUAUAAUGUUCAAUAAAUAAUGAAUUGUUUGAAUGAUUUAA